AUGUGGGGCGGCAGGCCAUCGCUAAAGCAUGGGUCCAAUCCCAAUGUGCAAAUCAAAUCAUUCGAGUCACGUUGGUUAACAACGGGCUCAGUUGAUGAUCGCAAAUUGGUCGCGCUGCUGCUCAUCAUCAGUGAUAGAUAUACUUGCCCAAUUAGCCCAAGGACCAAAUAUAUCCAGGUCCGCCAAUUGACCUUGGUAUCACCUUGCGGAGACAUGAGGGCUACAUCACGAACACUACUGGCGGCUGCAGCCAGACGCUACAGCAAGCCCCAGCUCUGUGGUCGCCGUCCGUUCCAGGCAAGACUGUUGAGCAGCAAAAUUCAUGCCCACAGCAGCGGUCUGGGUGGGAUCCUCAAGAUCUCCGACGAGGUUCGGGAUGCAUUGGAAUCGAACCGGCCCGUGGUGGCCUUAGAGUCUACUAUAUACACACAUGGAGCUGUUGCACGUAGCGAGCUCGGACUAGAGGAUAUCGUCCGCCAAAACGGAGGCACUCCUGCCGUCAUUGGAGUCUUGGCUGGCGUUCCUACAGUCGGCCUGACAGAUUUCGAGGUCGAACGUAUGAUAUCAGAGGGCGCCAACAAAGUCUCCCGACGAGAUCUUGCAUACCUGGCCGGGUUGGGCAUGACUGGCCGACCGAUCCACGGAGGAACUACCAUCGCCGGGACAAUGCUUCUCGCAAGGCUGGCAGGUAUCAAGGUCUUUGGUACAGGUGGCCUCGGUGGAGUCCAUCGCGGCUGGGAGUCGACGAUGGACAUCUCGGCCGACCUGACCGAGCUAGGUAGAACGCGAGUGGCAGUGAUUUGCAGUGGCAGCAAGGGCUUCCUUGACAUUCCCACAACUCUCGAGUACCUGGAAACCCAAGGUGUACUCGUCUCCACCUUUGCCGAUGGCCGCACCGGGAAGGUUGACUUUCCAGCUUUCUGGGCCCGGGAAAGCGGCAUCAAGAGUCCGUCUGUCGUCAACUCGGAGGCAGAAGCGGCCGCCAUUAUCCUUGCGCAGGAGAAACUGGGCAUAGAGUCCGGAAUUGUGUUUGCAAACCCCAUCCCCGAGCAGCAUCAAAUUCCGCGCGAGGAGAUGGACGCCGUGAUAAAACAGGCAGUCUCGGACGCUGCAGAGCAAGGCUUCACGGGAUCCCAAAACACUCCCUUCAUACUCGGCCAGAUCCGGAAACUAACGGCCGGUCGAAGUGUGCCUGCAAAUGUGGCCUUGAUUCAAUCAAACGUCGAAAGGGCCACUAAAAUUUCUGUCGAGCUGUCCAAGCUCUCAGAGGGUUCUUCAACGACUAAAAUCUUUCCCACAAGCAACACUGUAAAAACCCAAGUAGAUACAAAAGUCGUUCAAAACCCGGUCGAAAAGGUAGAGACGCAUUCCAAAGUUGACGUGUUAGUGGCUGGAUCAAUCGCCCUCGAUCUGAGCUGUGAUUUUGUUCCUGGUUCAGCAUCCCAGAUCUCGCCUGCAAUGCAGACAUCCAACCCUUCGAUUGUCACACAGACCGUUGGCGGCGUCGGGCAUAACGUUGCUCUGGCUGCUCACCGAGUGGAUCGCAAUGUGAAAGUACGGUUGUGUAGCUUGGUUGGUGACGACUUCGCCGGCGCAACCGUUCUUUCGAAACUUGAAUCCUCUGGGAUGGACACGUCAUGCAUCCGGCAACUGGGACAGGAAUAUCACUCGGCACGUACGGCACAAUAUGUGGCAGUUAACGGCGCGGACAAAAACCUUGUUCUCGCCAUGGCCGACAUGGGCAUACUCACUAGCCAUUCAUUCCAAAAGUACUGGGAUUCAGCUGUUGCUGCUUCACGCCCCUCGUGGCUGGUUGUGGAUGGUAACUGGAGUGAGGCGGAUAUCCAUGAGGGGUGGAUACGGUCUGGACGCCAGCACGGGGCCAAAAUCGCCUUUGAGCCGGUGUCCGUGGCGAAGUCUGCCCGGCUGUUCCCUCGAUUAAGUUCAGCAGCGAGAAGCAGCCACGGCGGGCUCCUACAUCCGUCUCCUCUAGUGGAUCUAGCCACACCCAACAUCCACGAACUGGCAGCCAUGUACAACGCGGCCAAGGAGCAUGGAUACUUUGACGACCUCAGCUGGUUCAGCAUGAUCGAUGCCCUGGGGAUGAGGGGAGCACGCGAUCGCUUCGUCCGUCUUACAUCUGCUGCUCUUACCGACGCUGGAGUACCGCAACAGAUAAUUCACCUCCUUCCCUAUAUCCCCUGCCUCCUGACUAAGCUCGGCGAAAAGGGCGUGCUUUUGUCUAUGCUGCUUUCACCCGAUGAUCACAGAGUUCGAUCGAUCGAGGCAGAUUCUUACAUCCUGGUCAGGGCUACGGGAGACCACCCUCACGUCGGCGCCGUGUAUAUGCGCCUGUUCCCGGCCGCCGAGGACGUGAGGGACGUGGUUUCGGUCAAUGGAGUCGGUGAUACUUUCUGCGGAACACUAAUUGCGGGAUUGGCUCGGGGAGCAAAGGUUGAAAAUCUCAUUGAUGUCGCCCAGAAGGCUGCCGUCUUGACGUUGAAAAGUCACCAGUCGGUGAGCGACGAGAUUGGCAAGUUGGAGCCUGAAAUGGCACAGAUAGCACAGUUACCGCAUUGGCCCAUACCCAGGCAGUCACCGUUCUGGCCCUUUCGCAAAACAGACGAGAUGGGUCCCAAAAAUCGCAACAAUGUCGAAUCCUCCGACGAUGAUGACUUCUCAAACGACGAGUUCGCCAGCUUCGAUGACGACAAUGGCGGGUCAGAGGUGAACUUUCAGGUUCGCGACAAAGACUCGGACGAGGAGGAGCUCGAGCGGCUUGUUCUCGGCGACACUACAACUUUCAGAUCACAUCUGUUUGAAGAUGACGACUUUCUUCCCGCUCAGACGGGCUCCAAGGACUUGCGAUUGGUGGAGAACCAGUCCUUAAAAGCCACCGGGAAUGAGGCCAUGGACGACUCGGCCCUGUUCUUCUUUGCUACUGAGAAGGAGCCUGUCGCUGGAGGCAAACAGCUCGCGCCCGUUUCUUCGGGCAAUAAGUCAAGUGAUCCGACAGCCGGAGAUGAUGCGCCGGCGUGGGAGGACAGCGACGAUGAGAAACUGUCCAUUUCGCUUGCUGGCGCCAGCAGGCUGCGGAAGCUGAGGCUGACGGAAGGGGAGGAUAUUGUCAGUGGCGCCGAGUACUCCAGGAGGCUGCGCCAGCAGUAUCUUCGGUUGAACCCGCAGCCCUCAUGGGUGAAGGAUGCAACAGGAAGGGAGCCGAAGCGACGACGUAGGUCGUCAGCAUCCUCGGGUUCAGACAGCGAUAGCGGCUCGGAUGAUGAAGAUUUCGGCACCGCCAUGCCUCUGGAGGAGUUUCUACGAGACGUCAGCGCUCUUACGGACGGCGGAUCACGGAAGAGGAGGAAAUUGCGACCUGAGACUAUUAACAUCCAAAAGACGCGCGAUAUACCAGACGUCCACAAGGGGCCCGUCGAGUCGCUCUCUUUCCACCCGCAACAUCCCGUUCUCUUGUCAUCCAGCACAUCCUCAAUGCUUCACCUUCAUCACAUAUCGCCAGCUGCGCAUCCUACUCCGAACCCACUCCUAACCUCGGUACAGGUGCAAAACACACCAAUCAGGAAAGCCGAGUUUCUUUCCCCUUCGGGCGAGCAAAUUGUUUUUGCAGGUAGACGGCGUUUCUUUCAUUCUUGGAACAUAUCGACAGGGCAGGUCACCAAGGUCAGCAGGAUACAUGGUCAUCGCCUAGAACAAAAGUCGGUGGAGCGCUUCAAGUUGAGCCCAUGUGGGCGCUACAUGGCCAUAGUAGGAACAGAUAAGAAGGGGGGUGGCCUGCUCAAUAUUAUGCGUGUCGGAACCAUGCAAUGGAUUGCUCAAGCGCGGAUGGAUGGACGACAUGGCAUUGCAGACUUUUGCUGGUGGAGGACAGGCGAGGGUGUGACUAUAUUGGGGAGGGACGGGCAAGUCGGAGAGUGGGACCUCGAGGCAAAGAGGUUCGUCGGCGUCUGGAGGGAUUCGGGUUCUACAGGUGGUACGGUGCUUGCUCUUGGUGGCCGGGAUGGACCAAGCGAGUUGGGCGAGGACCGCUGGGUGGCCGUCGGCUCCAACGUUGGUAUUCUGCAGGUUUACGACAGAGACGACCUGGUUGUGAGACCUGGAGUCGGCCAGGAAGGUGAAGUGACGGUCAAGGAGACCCCAGAGCCAACUCGGGCGUUUGAGUCGUUGACAACGGCUAUAUCCGUCGUCACGUUUUCUCCUGACGCCCAGCUGCUGGCUUUCGGAAGCAUCCACAAGAAGGAUGCGCUCAGACUGGCGCACAUUCCAAGCUGCACGCUGUACCGCAACUGGCCAACAUCAGAGACACCGUUUGGCAGGAUCACGGCGGUGGCGUUUGGGACGCAGAGCGAUCUGAUUGCCGUUGGAAACGACAAGGGAAAGAUCCGCCUGUGGGAGAUCAGGAGCUAG